AUGGAAAACAGCACUGUUUCGUUUUACUUUAACCUCACCAUGUUUGUGAACAUUGGACACUACCGCUACCCAGCCUUUGUUUUUUGUUUCCUACUUUACAGCUUUAUUGUCUAUGCUAAUCUUGUCAUAAUACUGGUGAUCACUCAAGAAACACCACUACAUGAGCCCAUGUAUAUGUUUAUUGCUAUGUUAUGUGUCAACUCUCUGUAUGGUUCUACUGGUUUUUUCCCCAGAUUCCUCAUGGAUCUUCUUUCUGAUACUCAUUUGUUCUCACGUCCUGCUUGUUUCACUCAGCUUUAUGUUAUUUACUCAUAUGCCUGCUAUGAAAUGACCAUUCUUGGCAUUAUUGCAUAUGAUAGAUAUGCUGCUGUCUGUCAUCCUUUACACUAUCACAGCAUGAUGAACUUCAAAGCAGCUUUAAAGUUGGCACUGUGGGCUUGGGUUUUUCCAACUGCUGGUGUUAUAGUAUGCAUUUCUUUGUCUGCCAGGCUUCCUUUAUGUGGCAAUAAGAUACAAAAAGUCUUCUGUGCCAACUGGAAUGUUGUAAAAUUGUCUUGUGUCAUAAACGCAGUGAACAAUAUCUUUGGUAUGUUUUUGACCAUAUCUACCAUUUUCUUCCCACUUUUUUACGUCCUGUAUACUUACUUGCGAAUUGUAAUUGUUUGCUGGAAAAGCUCAGCAGAAUUUAAAGGGAAAGUAUUACAGAGCUGUCUGCCACAUGUUGUUUCAUUUGUCAUUUAUUCCAUCACAGUAUUUUGUGAUGUUGCUCUGAGCCGGUAUAAUAUUGAAGAGGAAAAUCCGUUUGCAGCCAUAAUUUUGUCACUUGAGUUUGUUAUCAUUCCUCCACUUCUGAAUCCUCUUGUGUAUGGGCUGAAGUUACCAGAAAUUAGAAGACACAUUAUAAGAAUAGUAUCACGAAAUAAUUUUAAACCCAGACUGUGGUAA